AAGUAUCAACGAGUUGAGAGUUGAGAGAUGAGGGGGGAAUAUGUAGGAACUAUGACAGUCCUAAGGGCUGAGGGCAUGUCCUAAGCGUCCGUUUUCGGUUAAUACCUUACCGAACCGUUAAAAAAAAACAUUUAAUCCUUUGAAACGCAAUUCAUCUUACUAGACCGCAUUCGGCCAUAUGCGUAGUACACGCCCUGAAAUUCGAGGUUGCAGAAUCGAGGUCUCCCACUGACAGCUGUAGCUUAUCUCAAUUCCACUCACCAGCCUGGAACCAGCUAGCUUCUACUAUCUCAGCGCUGUAUCCUCACCUUAGCCCUACCUUACCAGUCACCACCUCCACACUCUAGAAAGGAGCGUCAGGUUCGAACCUCGGAAGGUGCAUCUGGCGGUGUAGUAUCGUAGGAUUUUACCCAUCCGCGGUACGCUGAGCAGGCCGCGUUCUGGUGUCACGGUUUCUCUCUAUAUCGAAGCGCAGCAGGUUCCUUUCGACCGUCGUCAGCAUCAUCAUUACAUGCACGGGAGGUCGAGCACGUCGCGGCCAGUUCGCCGCACAGCCACUAUCCGUCAUUUCGCAAAACGCCUCCUUCCCGUACAAUUUCUAUGACGCAUUCAGCUUAAGAAGCGAUAUCAACAAGGUUUAAGGAUGGGUAGAGUGUCGAGGCGCGACAGACUCCCCCCAAAAGAGCCAGUUAUACUCUUCACAUUCGCGUCGUCGCUCACUCCCAGCGCGUGGGAUGCGACGGAAAACUCGCCGGGUCAGGCGCCUCCGCAUCCCGACAAAGAUCGUGAGACGCAGCUCGUGUUUUACAUCGGCAUAGCGCGGGGUCCAUCUGUUCUCGUCGAUUUUGGGCGGCACAAGAAGAUUCUACGAAGCGCCGUCUCUGCCGUGCUGGCAGACGCUCCCCGACACUGUAGCAGAUACUCCCUGGGCUAUGGCCGGACGAACCUCCUCCUCUCGUUCGGUCAGGGCGUGAUCGCCUUCGCCGUGGCAGACGACGCCCUAGACCGGUCCCGAGCCUUCCAAAUCCUCACCCAGCUAAGAACCACCGUCAUCCACACUCUCUCCCACACUCUCUCCCUCACUCUCUCACACGCUACCGCGCUCCCGCACCCCCGCUCCCACUCGCACGCUCUCUCACACUCGCUUCGCCAGCCGCUGAAGCCGGUGGGCGCCCCUGUGGCGAACAAGUGUAACUGUGUAACUGUUACAGUCCCUCCUCGCGCUGAUUCGCCUGCGUCAGCUGCACUAUUGGCAGCCCCCGCAACUCCUAGCUCGCGAUCCAACGCCAGCAGCAGUGACACCAAUGCCACGCCGGUUGGGCCCACCAGCAGCAGCAGCGACAGUGGCCCUAUCACCACCACCACCAGCAGCAGCAACAUUAGCAGCAGUGAAACAUCCCCCUUCCCAUCAGGUCGUUUGGCCAAGAUGCCACGCUCUUUCUCCGCCCAUUUCGCCCCCACCUUCCUAGCGGAUUGCCUAGAAGCCACUUUCAAGGAGGUGGUCCGAUCCGCUAGAGGCAGACUCCGUAAGCGCACAGUGCUGGAACUGUACCCCGACGCCCCGCACGCUUAUCUCGUGAAUAAAAAGAAUGUUUUCGAACCGGAUAUACUGGACCCGCCGGACCCCAGCAGUGACAGUAACGGAGCCAGCAGCAGGCUUGUAACGGGUACAGGCGCAUCUGAGCACAGCAGCAGCAGCGGCACUGACGGAUUCGCUUCCCCUGGGGGGACAAGGGGCGCAGGUCAAGGCGGGAAGAGGGGGGCGCUGAGCUCGCAAAUGAGUGCAAGAGAUAGUCUGAUGAGCGAGCUUUCCGACAUGAUGGCCGAUUUCGAAGCGGGGGACUUUGGGGAGAAGCUCGUGGUGUCACGAUCGGGUCGGGAUGAUGAGUAUGAGGACGACGAGGAGUGGUACCUCAAAACGAGAGGCCAGCCGCCUUCGAUGACAACCAACGCCCGAGGCCUCGGUAUCGGCCCCGAGCUAGGGCUAGGGUUAGGGUUUGCUAGCAGCACAGGAGGGGUAGGAGGAGGGAGAGGAGGAGUGGAGGGUGGAGGGGGAGGAGGGGGAGGGGCGAUGAGUAACAGUCCGUUGCUGGAUUUUGCUCAGCAUGCGAAGGGGAUGGGGCUAUUCCCGUCGCAUUCGCACUCGGCCGUGUUUGCGCCCAUGGGGGGACGAUCGGCGUCGGCAGCGGCGUGUCAGAUGCUCCUGGUGCCUCAGGAGUAUGCGGGGCUCGUUCCAGUCAGGUCGGGGGAUCAGGGGGAAAAGCAGCAGCAGCAGCAGCAGCAGCAGCAGGCGCGGGCUUUCCCACGGCCAGGAGUAGGGGGAACGCUGAGCGAGGGGUCAGCAGAGGGGGAGGAGUGGGAGCAAGGGGAGGGGAGAGGCGAGAGUAGUGGGGGGGACGGAUCAGGAGCAGCAGCACAAGGCACGGGGCAAGGUGUAAGUUUCCCGGGAUCCGUCUCUGGAAGAAAGCACCGUUUCACUCUGUCACACACGGAGCCCUCGUCAGAAGCUACAGUCGUUCCAGUGGACCCCCACCUGAACCCUCACCUGACAGGGCACCUGGCAGCAGGGGGUCAGGGAGGAGGUGGGGGGCGGAGAUUUGGGGAGGGGCACAGGCGCAUGGGGGGGAGUGAGGGUGCACUCAGUGUUCUUGAUAGCAGCAGUCUGGAGGGUAGUGAUCUGGGUGCAGGGAAGAUAGGGGGAGGUGCACGAGGGAACGGGCAGAGCAGCAGCCAGAGGCUUGACAGUGGCAGCUCUGCUGCUGCUGCAGGCGAAUUCGCGGUUGCUGGGGGGUUUCCUGUUGGUGCUGCUGGAGGGGGAUUUGCCAGUUUUUCUCCCGGCUCCGUUGCUGGGUUCUAUCCUGGUGGUGCUGGGGGGAAUGGUGGCGAUAACUUAUUUGGCACCAGCUUCGGUACCGGUACUGGUAGUGGCAGCAGCAGCAGCAGCAGCAAUCCAUUCGAAGACGCAGCUAACCGCAUCAAGGGCCAACGAGCCCAAUUCGAUAGUCUAUUUCCCCUGCAGUCGUUACCAGAUAGUGAGGAUCAGGAUGAUUCUUCAACAGACAGGACCUCACUCACCGGACCUGCAGGUUCGGGCGGGAAGGAGAUCGUUCAGCAGCAGGCUCGGCAGCAGGCUCCGGAGAGGGGAUACAUGCGCAUGCGUCUGAAAUCGGGGCAAAUGUCUCCGAUGCUCAAGGGGGCUUUAAGUGUCUUCCGCAGCCCGUCGGUGCAGGAGAGAGCCACAGGGGGGAUGAGGCCUGCUACUGCUGCUAGGAUUUCCGCACUUACUGCUGGGGGGGCUGGUGGGUUGAGAGGGGAUGAGAGGUGGGGUGCUGGCUUUAAGCCUUUGUGGGCCUCGUUUCGGAAAGCGGGGAGUGGGAAGGAGAAGGAAGGGGGGAGCGGGAAGGAGAGGGAGAGAGGGAGUGGGAAGGAGAGGGAGAGAGGGAGUGGGAAGGAGAGGGAAGGGGGAGGUGGGAGUGAGGAGGUGGCAAGUGGGCAAUGAAAUGACGAGAGUAGGUUGAUGGGGAGAGGGCAGAAGAAGGGCAUUUGAGUGGGAAGUAGAGGCAACGAUUGGGUUGGGUUGGGGCAAUGCUUGUUUGUUUCCAAGCAAACAUGCAAGAGCCCAUCGAACGAGGUCACAAGAUGGUUGCAUCCAUAUGCGGUUUGCUUGACUUGUUUGCCAUUAGGGGAGAGGGGGUAAGUGGGAGUGGGGGAAAAGGGCUAGUCUGGUGUGGAAAUACAGCCUUGGAGGUGGUAAUCUUGGUUACGUACAAAGGAACGGUCUCACCUGUAAUAAUUUGUGGAAAGGGUGCUUUACAGGGCCUCAGAUUGGUUUUAAGGUACCCUGAUUGCUCAGGGUCCCCCCCCCAUGUUUACCCUGAUUUUUCAGGCCUCCCAAAAAAAAAUCCGCUGAGUAAUCAGGGUUACUUCAGAAUUUCACGCUGAUUUGGCGAAAAUUGGGAGAUGGGCAAAACG